AUGCCUGACGAUGUAUCUCUAACAGCCGGCCUCGACUACACAUCUACUGGGACAUGGGAGGCUGAAAGAGUAUACACGCAAGAGAACCUUACCGCUGCCGAUGAAGCAUGGCUCGCGCUGAACAUCGACUACGCAUUCGUCGCGCUGCCAACUGAUCAGGCACGCGAGAUGGACCUUCCGGCAUCGCUUCGUUUCCCGUGGGACCAUAACAAAGACAUGUAUCUGCUCUCCUCGGUGCAUAGCGUGCACUGCUUGCAAGUCCUCCAUCGUUCCAACCUAGAAUACCGCACCAACCACACCCAAACAUACACCACCGAGCACCUCCUCCACUGCCUUGAGAAUAUCCGCCUGGACCUAACCUGCAACGCCGACGACACCCCUCGGUUCGUGCCACGCACCGCACACGAAAGUACGGUCAAGACCGGCGUCGACCAGCUCCGACAAUGCCGAAGUUGGGACGCCCUGGAGAAGUGGGCAAAGGAGCACAGUGCGUGCUUCAACUAUCAUGAGUUCGAGCGCAAGGAGCUUGAGGAAAACGUGGUGUAUCCGGCAGCGUGGAGCUUUUGUGGCGAGGGGAGUGAGUAUUUGGCACAGGUGCAGCGAUUCUAUGGCAAGGGCGUGGAUUGGGUGCUGAAGGACGGAGGAACACCGGACAUUGAUGCGAUCAAGGCAGGUAAGGGAAAAUCCCCGAUUCCGGUGCAUCGUGCUGGUGGUGGUGGCCAUCAAUGA